AUGCGUCUCUACGACCUGUCUGGAAUAGUGGAUGAUCCUGAAAGUGUGCUUGAUGACAAAGGACCACUAGUUCGAACAUGGUUUGAUGGCCUUUUAUCAGAGUACAGAUCAGCUUUGCCGUUCUUAGACCUAACAUGGUCCACUGGAAGCUUGCAAAACAGCUUGGACAGCUUAGCUACUUGGGAAAGAGACUCUGAUGUUAAAGCCAGAGUAAAGAUUGCAGCAGCGUCCUUUAAGGUCAACACAGAGAACCGACAGAAACAUGCACGCUGUAAAAAGUUCUACCACCCUGAAAGGACAGAUGGUGCUCUAUACAAACUGUGUAAAGGAGAUUUGUGCCUGUGUGCAGAAGAAAACUGCAGUUUCCAGAAGAAGAAUCGGGUCAGAGAUGAGGAGCGUUUGAAUAGAGCCUGUGAAUCCGGCGUGGAUUAUGUUUAUAAAGUCACAGUGGACUCUGACAUCUACGACAUGAAGGUGGAGCAGGUGCUGAGAAAAGGCACUGAUGAGGAAGUUGAGGGGAAAGUGAGACCAUUUUUGGCUCGUCCCAGUUGCAGAGAAUAUUUAGGAUUGGUAAAUGGCAAGUCGUACCUCAUCAUGGGCAAAUCUGUUGACCUGCCGAUGCUCGGGGGAAGUCAGCAGUAUAUUUUUGGACAGCAGACCUGGGUUGAAUACUGGCCUACAAGAGAGGAAAGCCAAACUCUAGAACACAGGAAGCGAUACAUCGGCAUCAUUGAGCUCAUGAACAGCCUUUUCCGACAUGGAUGUGCUGUAUAACAAGUAUUUAUUUAUUACUGGAAAUGUAACAUUAUCUCUUGCAUACUUCAAAUAAAUUGUUCUUGAUGAUAAUAAUGCUUUUCACCAAAAUAUGAUGGUGUAAUUCCAUAAUAAAAAUUAAAUAAAUAAAACUUGCUUGUUUAUGCUGGAUUAAUCAUGGUGUAUAAGGGCCUGACCUUUUCUUUUUUGAAUUUCUACUUAAUUAUUUUUUUUUUAAGAUGUUUUAAUAAAAAAAAAAAAAAAAAAAAUGGUAACACUUUGCAAUACGUAAAGUGUUUUAAAAAAGUAUACUAGAAAUACUUUGGUAAUAAAUAUAUUCUUAGUUACACUUUUAAGGAAUAUACUAAACACAAGCAUACUUUGUGACAUUUUAGUGUAUUUACAGAAAACAUACUUAUGUUACCCUUACUUAAAGUAUAUUUUAUGUGUACUUUGUGUAAGAACAUAAAAAAAUGAUUACACUUUUAGUAAGUUUUUAAUGUACUUUAUAUUGCAGUAGGCCUACACAUUGUUAUAUUUUAAAUAUUUAUGUAUUUAUAAUUUUAAUAUUUGGUAAAGUACGAUAUUUUGAAAAACAUUUUUAACAUUUACAAUGUACAAACCUUUGUCAAAUAUCAUUAACCAUUGCGAUAUUUAAAAUACGUUGUUUAAUAUGGGUUAUGCUACUUUGGUUGAUUAGGCUGUUGUUCAUUACAUGAUACAUUAAUUGUUAUAAGCUAGGUGUUUAUAAAUUUGUUCAAGCUUGACGCCUUUAUUUUCUAAUAUAUAUUUCUGAAAUUCCCACAAGGAUUUCAACGUCAUAUCUGAAAUGAAAAAAAAAAACAUGUUUGUUUGUGUUUAAAUUCAAACAACACACUAAACCUGAUUUGUUGAGCUUCGUAAAUCAAAUAUGAUGUGCGUGCAUGUCCCUUGAAUGUGAAUAUAAGUCUAAAUUUAAACAGUAUUAUAUUAUAUAGAGCGAUCGUGUCUCUUUAGGGCGCUUGGAGGAAACCACGCAAUUCAUAUGGAUUACUUUGGCGAUGUUUUUUUGCGAUUAACUUUUUGAAACGUGAACAUCUUUGAUGAAUCUUUUCAUCUGAGGGACAUAAAUCUCUCAGAUUUCAUUAAAAUAUUUCAGCUUUUCUUUCGAAGAUGAACGAAAGUCUUAGAUGGUUUGGAGCAUCUUAAGGGUUAGUGAUGGCAGAAUUCAAAUUGUUUUGGGGGAAUUAUGAAAUUAAUUAGAAAAUAUAGUGGUAUGUUAUGUUUACCAGCUUCUACAAGCGUGUAUGUCUGGCUUUGGUACCUCACUGUGACUUCAGGUACGAUUUGUAUUUAAUUAACGUUAUUUGUCUGUACCAGUUGUGUUUUUGACUCAUGCAUUGGCAGAAAAAAAUAAAUAAAAUAAAAUUAGUCAUUAUAACAUGUACAACAUUAAGAUUCUUUUAUUUGCAACAUGAAGUAUAUUUAUUUCUGAUUUCCUGAACAAUUUGGCUUCAUUGUAAUGAGGUUAAUGAUCUUUGUAUGUUCAUAAUCAUGGUUUUUCAAUUACUUUGUCUUGAGCUGAUCAGCAAACUGUGGUAGUGUUGGUUGAUUGGUGUUUAUAUUUGUUCAAGCUUGACAACCUUAUCGACUUUUUCUAAUAUAUAUUUCUCAUUACAGAUAAGAACAAAGAUUAAAUUGUAAGAAGGGUUGCUUAUAAGAGCAUACAGUGCAUCUGAAACUGCUGAGGCUGGGAAGGUUUUUGACUAUAUUUCUGACCAGAUCAGCUGCUAUAGAAGAUAAACUGAAAUCUGAGUGCAGAGACAAGCAAAGGAAUACUGCAAGGCUCUUGUGCAAAAUGUUGUAUGCCAGGAUGACUAGGCUGUGCCCAGGUCUCCGGAACCUGCGACGACGCUCAGCUCCAUUGGCCCUUUGUCUGUGCCUUCGGAUCCACCGGCUCUGUCUCCAUCGGUCGGCCCCCAAACGUCGGCAGCCACACCAUCUACAUCUUGGCUCCCCGCUCCCUAGACUCCGCCAUGUGUUGUCAGCAUUGGGAUGCUCUGGGUCUGUGCCAUGUGCCAAACUCCAUCUAAGCCACCAGGGCAUCAUCGUCAUCCUCCCAUCACCAUCCCUUCACCACAUCCUGGCAUCAUCCCGCAUCUUUGCCUCUCACCAUCCCUACACCAUCUCCUCCUCCACCUCCAAAACCCCCUCCAUCCCUCCCUAUUCUGUUGCUUGAACUUUAUCAUCUUCAGUCUUUGCACACACAUCUAUUCACUUCUGCACUUAAAUUUUCAUGUUUUGUUUUUUUUCUUCAGAAAAUUGCAUUGUAAUUUUUAUUUAUGUAAUUUUUAUGAUGAUUCAAGACAGCUCUUCCAUAGCAUUUUUUUUCAUUUAUUAUGUUUUUUGUAUAAUGUUUUAAAAUGUACUUGAGUAUGUUUGUAGUAAUACAAAUAUACUAUAAACAUACUUGUAUUUCAAGUGCAUUUUUAAUACAUUUAAUAGUAUGUUUUUUGUUUUUCACCAAAGUAUAUGUGCUGCUGUACUUUUUUAAUGUAUUUUAUGAAUAUUUGUAAUGUACACAAUAUAUAAUACAUUAAAGUUUUCGAGAU